UGGGUGGAUGGAUGAGUGGAUGGGUGGGUAGAUGGGUGGAUGGAUGGACGGACAGGUGUAUAGACAGAAAGAUAAGGAACUAAAAACUGGUUAAAGGAACUUCAGUUAAAUGUUAUUCCAACAGAGUUUGGGGUAGACUGGUGAGCUCCAGGUCCAGCCGGCCUGGGAGGGCAUGAAGACCCAUUUCUUUCUGUUUCCUGUGCCCAGUGUCAGUUUCAUGAACUCUGCUGUCACAGUCCUCCGAUCUCCCACACUGUGUCUCUGGCAGGGUCCGCAGGUGGUCCUGAUGCAUCUCAUCGAUCUGCCUCUCUUGUCUCUUCGUGCUCCGUUUUAAUUGCAGACUUGCCAAGCCCUGUUGUAUGUCCAGUGCUCGGCCCCAGAACACCCAGACCCUGGGAGGGGGCCCAGGUGGGGCCACAGAGAGAAGAGCUGUGGAGGGGGUGGUAGAGCCCUUGGAUGCUGAGACUGAUGACAGUAGCGAAGGCUCAUAUGGAGCUGUGUGUUUCAGGCUUUGCGUGGCUUUCACAGAGAUUACCUCAUUUACCUUCUAAACAACCCUAUGGGGAACAUUUUAUUAUAUCCCCGCUUUACAGAUGAGGAAACUGAGGCACAGAGAGGGUAUCAAGAUUCAACUGCAGCAGUUGAAUGGCUCCAAAUGCCUGUCCCACCACCCUGGCCUCUAUGCCUGGGUCUGCUGGGCACCUAUAGGACUCUAUGCUGGGGCAGCUGAGCCCCUCAGGCCCCUAGAAUCUCCUAGGGCUCACCUGUCUCUGCCCUCCCUCCCCCCAGGGUGUCAUGACCGGGCCGUCCUGCUGUACGAGUACGUGGGCAAGCGGAUCGUGGACCUGCAGCAUACCGAGGUCCCCGAUGCCUACCGCGGGCGUGGCAUCGCUAAGCACCUUGCCAAGGCUGCCCUGGACUUUGUGGUGGAGGAGGACCUGAGAGCCCAUCUCACCUGCUGGUACAUCCAGAAGUACGUCAAGGAGAACCCCCUGCCACAGUACCUGGAGCGUCUGCAGCCGUAACCCUGGCCCGCGCGGGGAGCGCUCCCUGCCGGCCCCUUCCACGCGGCCUCCGCCAGGCCUGCGUGCUCUCAGGAACCUGGUCCCACUGGGAACAGACUCAGAGUUAUUUUUGUAAGGACACUCAACUGUGGCCCAAUGUCCAGACCCCUGGAGGAGGCUGGCAAGGAUGGGCAGUAAUCCAGUGACUGUGCGGAAGGGUAGGUGACAGCGCCACUCUGCUGGGACCCGCAGCUUCGCAGAAGGAAUUCUGUGCACGCCACAUGGGGGCUGGAGCCAGUUCCCACCUGCCAGUGAUCAGGAGGGUGGAUAUGGGAUCCUGCUGCCACGUCCUAGGUCUUUCUGCAAAUAAGGAGGGUAUUCCCCAGAGCCAAGAGAAGCAAUAAGAAACCUUGUGUGCCACCCUCCAAGGUGGUAGUGCCAA